AUGAAAUACCCUCUGCUCCUGGCAACCAGCGCUGCCCUGGCUCUUGCUGGGCCUCAAGGCUUCUCCAAGCGAGCCUCUUCUUUUGUUUGGUUUGGUACCAGCGAGUCUGGGGCGGAGUUUGGCAAUCAGAACAUUCCGGGUGUUUUGGGAACGGACUACAUUUGGCCCGACACUUCAGCCAUUCAAACGCUACGCAACGCGGGUAUGAACAUCUUUCGGGUGCCAUUUAUGAUGGAGCGAUUGGUUCCCACCACAUUGACCUCAACUCCGAAUUCGAAGUAUCUGCAAGACCUGAAGAGUACAGUUGACUACAUCACGUCGACCGGCGCAUAUGCUAUUGUGGAUCCCCAUAACUUUGGACGAUACUAUGGCAAUAUAAUCAACUCCACAAGUGAUUUUGCUGCAUUUUGGACCACCGUCGCAAAACAAUUUGCAUCGAACGACAAGGUCAUCUUCGACACCAACAACGAAUUCAACACAGAGGACCAAACGCUUGUACUUAACCUCAAUCAGGCGGCCAUUAAUGCCAUCCGGGCCGCCGGAGCCACCUCUCAGUAUAUCUUUGUGGAAGGGAAUUCCUGGAGUGGUGCCUGGACGUGGACGUCGGUCAAUACCAAUCUCGUCAGCUUGACGGACCCCAACAACAAAAUAGUCUACGAGAUGCACCAGUAUCUUGACUCGGAUGGAUCGGGCACAUCUGACACAUGUGUCAGCUCGACCAUCGGCCAGGAGCGUGUACAAUCGGCGACCGAGUGGCUGAAAAGCAAUGGCAAACUUGGAUUCUUGGGCGAAUUUGCGGGCGGUGCUAACUCGGUCUGUCAGAGCGCCGUGACUGGAAUGCUGGACUAUAUGCAAGCGAAUAGUGACGUCUGGCUCGGAGCAUCCUGGUGGGCCGCAGGACCAUGGUGGGGAACCUAUAUAUAUUCGAUUGAGCCGCCCUCGGGCACUGCUUAUUCUUACUAUCUCAACAUCCUGUCUGCCUACUUCCCCUCCAGCUCGGGAAGUUCCACAACCACAACUACUUCCACUACCACCCGCUCUACAUCGACAAGCACUACAGUAUCCACCACAAAAUCAAUAAGUACCACUACAAGCGCCACGAAAUCGACAAGCACCACGACAAGCACCACCAGCACUGGGUCUACUGCUACUGCAACAGCAUCUCACUGGGCACAGUGUGGAGGUAUUGGCUGGACGGGGGCGACGACUUGUGCCAGCCCGUAUACUUGCCAGGUCCAGAAUGCGUACUAUUCGCAGUGUCUGUAA